GCUGAUGAAAGGCUUGUUAAAGACAGAGUGGAAUCUCAUCAUGGAAAAUGUGGUGGAAACAUCAGUUAUUGUAUUACUGACUACAACAGCCUCCAGGAAAGACAAUGCGUACAUUGUCAGAAAUAAGUCAAUCAUUGCUUCAAAGCAGACUACAAAAAGACCACAAAGUCUGUUCCCAAAACACAUUGUAGGUUCACUUCUAAUUUGGUGCCACUCAGACAGAGAUGGAGGCUGCCAUUGGAGAACUGGUGUCCAAGUUCAAAGUGUACGCCGGCAGUGACGGGUCGUCCAGCACUCUCAGCAGAGAUGAGUUCCACAAACUGGUCACUGCUGAGCUUCCUAACUUAGUGGGGGACACUGACUCAUCUGCCAUAGACCAGCUUAUGAAAUCACUGGACGAGAACAACGAUGGGCAACUUAACUUCUUGGAGUUCUGGCAGCUGAUUGGACAGCUCGCCGACAAGCAUGCCAAAGCCAACCAAUAGCAUUUACCUGUCUAACUAUUGAGAGAGGUUCGUUUGCGCUUCUGACUAAAUGGGAAUAGUUCCAAAUGUCUGCGUUAAGUACUCUCACUUUUUCCCAGCCUCAACUAUUACGCACACUGUUACUGGAUAUUGUUCAAGUAUUUCAGCAAUAUUGAAACCAGUUCGCCUGUUCUUUAGAGUACACUCAUAGCCCCACAUGCCUGUGCUCACAAGUCUGUAACAGCAGCAGUCUUUUCUCCUUGUUUUUUUGGAAAGUUUUGUGCAGCUUGGCACGUCUCCCCGCGCGCACAGACACCACUGCUGUGCACUCCUCUCGAGAUACUUUCUGCCAAAGCAAGAAAAUAAAGUGAAAACCUGUAA